AUGAUUUCUCAAUUGCCUUAUAGAACUUACAAGAUAUUUUGUAUCAUCAUCGCACUUUGCGUUUCAUACAUACUUGUGUCAUUCUUUUUGGGAGACACUGCAGACACUCUGUGGCCGCAGCAACAAUCACAUUUCUUGCAAAGUGGCAUUCGCGAUGGUGCUCUCGACCACAUCUUCAACACCACCCUCGGGUUCGAACACAUAUAUGCUAUUGGUUUGAAAGAGCGUACAGACAAGCGCGACUUUCUUACAGUGUCUGCCUCGGUCUCCGGCUUCGAAGUUGAGUGGCUUGACGGAGUUCGCCCGCAAGAAUUACAACAGAAAGCGCUACCUAAAGGAUACAACCUCUCACUCACGGAGCCUAAUGCGAUUGGAUGUUGGCGAGCUCACAUGAAUGCGUUGAACAAUGUUCUUCUAAACUCAUAUUCCACCGCCUUGAUACUGGAAGAUGAUGCCGACUGGGACGUGAACAUCAAGGCCCAACUCCGGGAAUUUGCCCGUGGCCUGCACUCUCUGAAAGGGAACAGCAAACCAUCCAAGCAGACUCCGUACGGAACUGAUUGGGAUCUUCUCUGGAUUGGGGGAUGUUCAACAGGCCCAGAUACGAAUGAAACUCGAUACUACGCCAUACCUGAUGACCCAACAGCCCCGAGUGUCCAAAAUCGAGGCACAUGGUCCGGUCCCCUUGAUAGCUGGAAGGAAAUAUUUCCUGAAGACUCGACGCGGUUUGUUUACCGCGCUAGAGAAGGCUGUUGCACUUAUGGAUAUGCAGUCACGAAUAGAGGGGCGAGGAAAAUCCUCACUGCCCUCGCUAUUGAUCACAUAGAGGCACCGGUUGACAAUGCUAUGUCUGAAUUGUGUGGUGGCCUUGGUGACCGUCAGCGGAUCGAAUGCUUCGCGCCAUUUCCCAACCUCAUCGGCACAUAUAGACAAGCGGGUCCAGCAUACAAAGACUCCGACAUCAAUACAGGCGACCAGACAAUCCACGAAGAAGUCUCUCAUAACAUGGUAUAUAGCACACGAUGCAAUAUCCACAGGCUAAUAUCGGACGAGGAAACGGUAUUUUCGCAAUGGGGCAACGAUUCAGCCUGGUCACCAGGAGAAAUACGUCCGAAGGAGUUUGUCUACCCACGGGGUUACCUUGUUAACUAG